GUUGUGCCGUGGGAGGAGACUGAAGCUCCAGACUGGGAGGCUUAACUUGUGAUGGUUAAAUAAAUCCCAGCUGUUAUUCGGUGUUUACUCCAAACCUGAAGAAGGAAGCUGUGAGAUCUGCAUCGGCCAUCAAUCUUCUUGUACAUUCAGGAUGGACGUGAAACAGCAUUGUGUGAGGCUGUCAGUAAAGCCAUCCAGAGGACUCGUGGAUGAGAAGUUCACCAUCUUGGUCCAGAAUGUUUUUCCUGGUUCCUACCUUACCAUCCACGCCCUCCACCAGAGUGAGGAAGGACACAGCUGGGAGGCGUUCGCUCACUACACCGCUAACGCCACUGGGACUGUGAACGUUUCAGAGGAUCCCAGUCUGGGCGGGACAUAUUCUGGGGUUGAACCGAUGGGUCUACUGUGGAGCCUCAGACCAGUUCCAGGCAACAAACCUGGGCUCAGGCUGAGGAAGAUGAACGUCCAGACUCCCAUGGAGGUCACAAUCUUGGUGUAUGAAGGCCACCAGACUGAAGGCUUCACAGACCAGGUGCCGCUGGCCGGUGUGGUGGUGGUGGAGCGCUGGUACAUGGCGCCUGGCGUCCGCAGGAUCCCCAUUACAGAGGAUGGACUCACUGCUGCCCUCCUCCUGCCCCCAGCUAAUCUCGUCCUUUGCUGGGAGGGUAAGGAGCUCCAAGACCUCAUUGUCUCGCCAGUUUGCUGACAUCUCUGGCUGCUGUCCUUCUUUUUUGAGUUAGUUGCUAACUGCUAUCAGCUACUUUUUAAAUCUCCUGGUGGUCGGUGGGUCGCACUUAUAACGUGGUCAAAACAUCACACCCAUGCCCCCAUAAUCCCAUCCUGCUGGCUGUGCUGUUACUACCUCCAAUGCUGGAUUAAAUAGAAAACAAAGACAUGUAUUCAGCACCUCAAGGUGUGGCGGCAGCCGUCCGCCUCCCAGAAGAAUUAGCAGGAUGGUUUCAGGUGCCAAAUUCUGCACCACACGUUACACUGAUGAUAGCAGAAGGUUAUGAGUCUCAUCAUUUGGGUCCAAUGGUCGGAUGUGCACUGCAGGUGCGAGAGUGGUUACCCAACAAGAACAAAUACAUCCACAUUUCAGAUGACAAACAAUACAUUAGAAUCUCAACUAAGACAGGUGAUAAAGCAGUCACAGAUAAGGUACUUGUAGAUGGUACUACUCCCACACAGAUGGCAGUCACAGAAGAACACGCACAGUUCCACCACAGCUAUGGACAGCACAUAAAACAGACGUAGGCUUGAUAAAAUCAGCGCAACCUAUUCACAUCACACUAAAACCACAUGCUAGCCUACCAUACCAGAGGCAGUAUCCUCUGUAGCGGCAUGCCAUUGACGGUAUCCAACCCACAAUUGAAGGCUUGGUAAAAGCCGGAGUUCUGGUCAAAACUAGAAGUCCCUGCAACACGCCCAUUUUUCCAAUCAAGAAACCAAAUUCCUCAGAAGAGCAGCUAAUGCAGUGGUGGAAACAGAGACGCCACAUGUGCCAGAUUCACACACAUUGCUUUCAAACAUACCAUCCGACACACAGUGGUACACAGUUAUCGAUUUGUGUUCAGCCUUUUUCAGUGUACCGCUACACCCAGACUCUCAAUAUUUGUUUGCAUUCACUUAUGAAGGUCAGCAAUAUGACCUAGCUAAUUUGAACGUGCCAAGCACUGUAUUACAACAUGCAUAUGAUUUGCUUGUCUGUAGCUUUUCAAAAGAACAAUGUCAAAAAGAUUCCAUUGCAGUGCUCACAGCAUUAGCAAAGGGGGGGACACAAAGGUCCGUAAAAACAAAUUGCAGUUCUGCCAGCAGUCUGUAGAGUACUUGGGCAGACAGUCGAGUGGGGAUAAAAAGUGCAUUGCCCCAUCUCAAAUAGAGGUAGUAAGUAAGGCACCUCAACCGCAGGCGGUGGGCCAAAUGCUGUCUUUUCUCGGCAUGACAGGAUACAGUCGGCCAUGGAUUUGUGACUAUGCUAUAAAAACUGCUCCACUCAGAGCUUUACUAAGGGCAGUAGGACAGACAAACAACACAGCACAAUUGACAUGGACAGAGGAAGCUGAGGGUGUGUUCCAAAUCUAAAAAAUAGACAUGCAGUCAGCUCCAGCGUUAGGGACUCCUAACUAUGCUAAACCUUUUCAUCUCUAGGUAGCAGAAAGAUCAGGCUUUGCAUGUGCCGUCCUGAUGCAAGACAUGCCCACAGGCCAGGCGUACGGGCUAUGAGGUAAUCCUAUCAGCCCCUGAAUUUAACAUUCAGCGCUGUUCCACCAUCAACCCCGCCACUAAACUGGUGCUGCCAACAGAUGGUAAGUCACAUGAUUGCAUUCAUGACACAGAGAAAUUUAUGUGAAGAUUUGCACAAUCAACCAAUCCCAGCUGAUCUCACAUUGUUUGUAGAUGGCUCAUGUUUUCGUGACGCUACUGGUAGCCAUGCAGGCUACGGGAUUGUUCAACUUCACAACAAUGACCACACCAUUGAGACACUACAAUCACGUAAACUUGCUCAGCCAUGCUCAGCCCAACUUGCAGAGAUAAAAGCUUUAACAGCAGCAUGUAAAUUGGCAGAGGGACAAUCACUAAAUGUAUACACAGACUCAGCAUACACCUAUGGUGUGUGCCACGUCCAUGCUAACAUAUGGAAACAAAGAGGAUUCGCAGAGCUGACGGCACUCCUGUAACACAUGGAGCUGCCAUCCUCGACCUGAUAGAAGCCAUGUUCCUUCCCACAGCUCUAGCAGUAAUUAAAUGUCCAGCCCACCAAAACACUGAUACAUUGAUAGCCAAAGGCAAUAACCUUGCAGAUGAACAGGCAGCAAUAGGGGCAGUAAUGACACCCUUACUAACCAUACAAGACUGUGAACCCCUCACAACCAUGCCCUCCCUCAUAGCAGCUCAAAACAGAGUUACUGAGGCUGAAAAACGUCUAUGGGUAAAAAGAUACAAUAUCAUCAGACAAUGGUAGUCAUUUUGUGUCUAACGUCAUACAAGAGACACUGAAACAACUAGGGAUCAAACAAAAAUUUGGCUGCGUUUACAAUCCCCAAUCACAGGGAGCUGUAGAAAGAGCAAAUGGUAUUUUAAAAACCAAAAUAGCAACAAUAGUAGUAGAUAGUGG